AUGACAAUUAUCACCGCCGGAAGUCGAGUAUUUGUCACUGGCAUCAGCGGUCUCAUCGGCUCCCAUGUGGCAGAUCAUCUACUUCGGGCCGGGUAUCGCGUCCGAGGUGCCGUACGGAAUCAGGAUGAAGCAGAAAUGAUGCAUUCCAUCUACCGAACGCGUCACGAUCAGGCAGAAGAUUCCUUCGAAACUGUCAUAGUCGCAGACAUGAAAUUGCCAGGAGCCUUCAAAGAUCUUCUCGCUGAUUGUGAAGGUGUCGCCCACGUCGCGUCUGAUUUGAGCUUCAGUCCCGACCCUAAUGUUGUCAUUACAGGGUGCGUCAAUGGCAUCAAGGCGAUACUGGAGGAAGCUCAUUCGACACCGACCAUCAAGAGGUUUGUCUACACCUCGAGCAGUAAUGCAGCAACUAAACCUUUGGUGGACGAGGCAAGACAUGUCAACUCAAGUUCAUGGAACGACGGUAUUUUAGACGAAGCCUGGGCGCCACCACCGUACCAUCCUGAGCGUGCCUACGCUGUGUAUGCCGCCUCGAAAGUUGCAUGCGAGCGUGCAGCUUGGGCUUUUGUGCGAGAACAGAAACCGAGCUUCGUCUUCAACACUGUACUUCCAAACUACACGUCUGGCAUCAUAUUACAGCCUCUCAGUGUUGCAGGCGCAGGAAGCACCGCGCGUUGGGUGCGUGACGCCUUUGACCAUCCUUCCGAAGAGGAAUACGUAGCAAAGCUGCGGGAUGAUAGUCCACAGUGGCAAGUCGAUGUUGAAGACAUUGCAAAGUUGCAUCUUGCGGCGCUCAUAUUUGACGAGGUCAAUGGCGAGCGGUUGUUUGGUUUUGCCUUUCCUUUCAACUACAACAGCUUCCUCCGUGUGUUCCGAAAUCUAGCACCGAACCGUAUGUUUCCAGCCGACGAACCUGGGAAAAGGAAACCGAGUACCACUGUGGAUUUCCAGAGAUCCAUUGAGUUGUUGAGAAAGUUUGGCGCAAACGGUUGGGUACCAUUUGAGGAGAGUGUUCGACGUUCAUGCUUGGGUACAUAUGGACACGGCUUCGUAGGAUACAAUGGUUUUGUUGGUUGA